UUGACAGCUGAAGCAAUAAAUAGUUUUUAUUAGGAAAUUCUUUUGUUUUCUUAUUCUAUUUCUCUUAAUCAAAACAUAAUAAUCAAUCAGUAAUGUUAUUAAAAAAUAUUGUCAGAAGUUACGUUUUGAACAACCAAAAAUGCAUAAGACCAGUAAUUUCAGUAUAUCUGCAAGUGAAGCACAUGGUCCAUCAACAACAACGCACCGCAACAUCUGAUUCGAUAGCUGAUUUGGUCAUUGAAAACCUUUCUCGUAAAUUAUGUUGCUCCGAAGAUAUUGCUGCCAAGAUUUAUAAUGAUUUCCCAACGUUACGGCAAAUAAAUGCAAUUAAAACAGAUACACUGGAAGUUCUUCGUUCAAAUCUGUCGGCGAAGUCAAUAUUCGAGAAUCCAUCACUCCUCACAACAGAUAUCGAAUCACUAGAAAAGAAGAUAAAUAUGUUGAAAUCAAUGCAGCCGAAGAAUCUUGAUGAUUUUGCACCGUUGAUAACACUCAGUGAAAUUAAAUUUAAGAAACUUGUUGGCGGAUUAUUGAAGGAUAAAUAUAAACCUGAAUUUCAUGGACACACAAAUCGUAUUUAUUACUUAAGCGAACGUCUUCAGGUUGAACCACAAGUGAUUGCAAGAUCCAUUGCCAAUGGUAAAUGUGAUAUAACAUAUACAACAUUUCGAAAUUUUGAAAAAAAAUUAAGAAUAUUGAUGGACUAUGGCGCGAACCCCAUGGAAUUGGCGAGCAGUGUGUAUGUUUUUACUUAUGAUGCUGAAAUGUUGCUGCGUCGUUCUGAAUGUGUAUUAUCUACUGAAAAGCCGCUGAAAAUGUGGCAUUUUACAUUAUCACAAAAUAAUUUCGAUGAAUUAAUUGAAAAAUACAAAUUGGAAAGAGCCGGAAAAGGGUCCGCCUUAUCUGCCGAAAUGAUGCUACAAAUAAGGAAACUUACCACAGAAAAAAAAACAAUUGUUGAUUCGUUGAUGUCAUUAUUAGGUGGUAACCAUUUUGAAUCGUCGCAGCUAUAUUAUAGUCAUGUAUAUGACUUAAAUGAACUAGUUGUGGCAGAAGAAAAUGUCAACCAUUUAUUGGAAAUGAAAAUCGACCAAGUGACAAUGAGGAAAAAUGGAUUUUUGCUCACUAUGCCCAUUGAUGAAAUUAAGGAGAAAAUAAAGAUCGUGCAACAAAUGAAACCAAAUAAUAUUGCAGACUUCAUUCCUUUGCUAAUUGCCGACGCAAUUGUAUUGGAAAAUUAUAAGCGUGACCUCAUUAAAUUACAAGCCAUCGGAAAUGAUCAUCCGAUUUAUUAUUUUAGCUCAAAACUAGAGAUACCAGUCACUGAGGUUGCCGCCGGUUUUGCUGCAAGAAGUAAAGUCUUCUUAAAAAUCUUGCCAAAUACUCUCAAACCAAAGUUAAAUGUUCUUUUGAAACAUGGCGUAGAUCGUACAACGAUUUUAUCAAAUUCAACGGUCUUCAAAGCAUAUAGCGUUGAAAAAAUUGUGCACAAAAUCAAAAGUCUUAAAAAAACCGGCAUCGAUAAAAUAUCGGCGUCAAUGAUUCACCAAUUAAAUUCAUCUCAAUUUGAUUUGCAAAUAGAAAGAAAUCUUGAAGAGAAGAAAGCGCUUGAUGGAUUUGAAGAUAGCAUGGACUAUCUUUCAAACCGGUUAGGUUGGAGUAAAGUUGAUCUUGAAGACGCUAUGCUAAAGUAUCCAAAAUUAAAACAAUAUUCCGCUUUAAAGAUCAAAACUCAUUUGGAUUUUUGGCAGAAUGAAGUUGGCCUUACAGCGAAGGAAAUUACACAUUCAUUAUAUGUGAUAAACAAAAAAUUGGAUGAAAUGAAAUUACGAUUACAUGAAAUGAAAAUAAAUGGCGCACCCCUUAAAUUAGGAAUGAUUACUGGAAGUGAAACCAACUAUUUAAAUUAUAUUCGAAGCUUUUGUGCAACAGAGGAAGAUUUUUCAAUAAUUGAAGCACGUAUUAAACAAAAAAAAUGAUGCCAUAAAUAUGAUGAUUGGAAAUAAUUGAAUUUUCAUAAAUCGAUAUUCUUAUAAGUGUGUAUAGGUAAACAAAUGUGUAAUGUAUAUAAAAUUAUAUAAAUAUAAGAAAAA